AUGCCGUCCAAAGUUAACGUCACGUUCAAAGUAUUGCUGGUGUCUGUGACUAUUAUUCUUGGUAAUAUAUUGAAAUUACGAUUUAUAUCCAUCGAUAAUGAAAUAAAAAGAUCGCUCGGAUAUCCAAGGGAUUCGUUGUUAAACUUUACGGAGUUGAGUGACUCUUAUGGAUACACGUCUGAAGAACACACUGUGCUAACUGAGGAUGGAUAUAUUCUAACAAUAUUCAGAAUCAAUGGAAGGAAUUGUGGUCACAAAUUGAAAAGACCUCCAGUUUUAUUAAUGCACGGUCUUCUACAAAGCUCAGACGCCUGGUUAGACGCUGGACCCAAAGCUGGAUUAGCGUAUUUAAUAUCGGACGAGUGUUACGAUUUAUGGGUCGGAAACCAACGUGGUAAUUAUUAUUCCAGGCAGCAUAAUCACUUGGACCCUGAUAAAGAUCCUGAAUUUUGGCAGUUCUCUGUGGAUGAAAUUGGUUUUUAUGAUAUACCAGCUACAAUCGAAUAUGUUUUGAAAUACACGAGAGAAGAUAAAUUGAAUUACAUUGGAUAUUCACAAGGUGCUGGUACGUUUUUCAUCAUGUGUUCAGAGAGGCCAGGUUAUUGUGAUAAAGCGAACGUUUUUAUUGGCUUAGCACCAGCAGCCAGGCAGACUAACACAAAAUCCGUACUAUAUAAAAUGUUAUUAGAGGGAGUAAGACAUUUAGAAUGGGCGCUAACUAACACAGGUUUAUACGAGCUUUUUGCAAAAGGCUCUAUAAGUCAAGAAUUCCUCGCCUUCUUAUGUAAAUUCAAUGCAACAUCUGAAGCUAUUUGUGGAACCGGUGAGUCCCUAGUGGACUCCUUCCAUCCAGGAUCUAUAACUAAUCAAACUCUAAGGGUAUUAUUUGGACACUUCCCUGCUGGUACUUCUAUGCAUAACAUCGUAAGAUACAGUCAGAGUAUAAGGACUUCCUCUUUCCAAAAGUUCGAUUACGGUAGCGCGCGAAAUUUACAAAUUUAUGGGAAAAAGCAACCACCUAAUUACAAUCUAAGUGCUGUGACUGUUCCCUCGGUUGUUUUGUACGGUAAUAACGAUAAUUUAGUUGAUCCAAAAGAUAUUAUGUGGUUGAUUAAACAGUUGCCGAAUGUUUUAGAAAUCAAAAAAGUUUCGGAUCCGCUUUGGAAUCACUUCGACCAUUCAUACAGUCAGUUUACAAAACAAUUAAUAUUUCCAACUAUAAAUAAAUAUUUACUAAAAUACAGUCAAAAGUAAAAUAUAAUAUAAAUAGUGUGAAAUGUAAAUAAUUGUGAAACUUACAUGAAAUGUUUUUUAUAAAGUGAAUUGAGUUCCAGGAUUUUCCUGAUAUUAAAAACUAAGGCAAUUCUGUGUGAAGUGUUAAAUAAAAGAGGUAUUCUUAUAUUAUUGCAAGAUAUAUAACGUAUAUGUCAUACUUAGUCAAAAGCUUGGCUAACUCUUGGAUAUAUGUACAUACAUUUAUAUUUUGAUACACACCAAAUAGAGAUAAAUGGAUAUUAUUAUUAUUUAAUUAGAAUUAAUUCCAACAAUGAUGAAGAAAAGAGAUUAUUGAGAUAAUGUAAAGGCUUGUUGCUUAAUUUUACAAUGUGGAUUUCGGAAGAAACCAAAGCUGGGUGCAUUUGGGAGAUAUUUAAGAUUAAUGGAAGGAAAUGGCCUACUUCUGAACAAACGCCUUAUUAUUCUUCAGAAGAGUUUUUCAGUAUACUAGGUGCAGGGUAUGUGAUGACAAAUUAUUGACCAUGAUCGUCUACAGAUUAUAUUGGACUGUGGGACGUUGGACCCAAUGUAUAGGCAUAUUUGAUAUCAAACUUAUGUAUAUACUUACAACAUGUAGCUUAUGAUAUAAAUGUAUUUAAUUUUUUGUCAUGUUUAUAAAAAA